GGUGUACUCCAUAACAUGUUAAAUGAUAUUGCUUUAAUAUGUGCCCAUAGUCACCCUCAAACCCUCACCAUCCCUUUCCCAUUUUGUUCUUUCAGGAAUGCAGGACUACCAUCAUGAGACGCAACAACAAGGGUGCCAUCAUAUGUGAGGAAAAGUUCUCAUCCUGGAAACUGCUGAAGGCCCACGUCAAGGUCUGUCGGGCCAGGGUGAAACUGAUGAAGAAGAGCCCCCAGCUUCAACAGUCCCCAGUAGUCCGGGUGGCACGGCUUGCUGAGCCCCCGGCCCCAACUACUGAGGCUGCAUCCCCAGCCCCAUCUACAGAGGUUGAACCACCAGCAGUAGUCCGGGUGGCACACAUUGCUGAGCCCCCAGCCCCAACUACUCAAACUUCAGUUCCUGAGAGCCUUCCAGUGAAGCUUGCAUACUUCGAAGAACAAUCAGUGCCAGCUACAGUUGUAAGUCCCCACGUGGACGUUACCGUAACACUCCCCAAGAGGAAGGUCGUCUUCCAGGAGCGGGGUGUCGUCACUGGUGAGCUUCUUCACCAGUUUGAGGGCACCCUUGCCCAAACUCCUGAGAAGCCCCCCACUUCUGCUGCUUCAGAUUCCCCCAACCGGGUGGUAGGCAUGACACACCUUGUGGUCUGUGGGCCUUCCAAGAAGAGGCGAAGAAGGAAGAGAAGGAGGGCAACAAUGAAGGAGGGACCCUCAGAGAUUGUUCCCUUGAUGAGCCUGGAGGUGGUCCUGUCUGAGAAAGUAGUGGGCGCCCUUUCCCCUGAUGAGUUAGAUCGUUACAAACUAAGUCAGGGGGAGAGGGUGUCCAAAGUAGACUCAGUGGAUCAUUUCAUUUUCUCCCCUCCAGACUCCAUGGAUGAACUAUAAUGAAUAUGAACACUGCCAAUGAGGCCUUAAAAUCAACAUUGGACUCUUUAGUCAAUGGACUCUUGUGUUAUAUACAUAUAUAUUUUUUUUCUUUCUGUUGGUUCGGGUCGAACCUGUUUUUAAAGGGGGAGUGAUGUGACGACCGGCGAUCAAAAGGUGGUAAACCCUUGGUCUUUUCCGAUCGCCGGGCGUCAUAUUUAACCCCUCCGUUUAUAUUUUAAGUUAGUAAGUUGUAGUUUAGUGUACAUAUUUACCUUAUAUUUGCCUUUUUACUCUCAUAUUUCAAAUAUUUAGAUUUACUUUGUUUUGACGGCCAUGUUGGAAAUGGCGAAUUAAGUAUUUUACUUUUCCAGUAUUUCCGGCAUGGUCUUUUCCGUAUUUUGUAUCUUUCAAUCAUUAUUUUGUAACUUUUAUUCAACUUGUAUUUUAUGUAGACACUUGUUGUCGAUUGUCAUUUCACUUUUUAUUUUAUUGCUAUUGAUUAAAUUAAUAAUUUCGUUUUACUUUUCGCAUUCAGUAAGUUUGUCAUUUUAAUCCAUUUUCAAGCGACCUGUACACUCAGUACAGGUGCGCACGCAAUUUUAUUACUUCGAACUUACUUUCCCAGACGACUCUAUUCAGACUCUCUGAAUAGACGAUUAGUUGUAGUUUGUAGAAUAGUACCAAGUAGUAAUUAGUUUUAGAUUAUCCCGUUGGAUCAAAGGGAUGAUUUGUAGAUUAUCCCUAGUUAGAAUAAUCAUCCCUUUGUUUAGUGUCUGGCUGAAUGGUCAGGUACUACACUAGACUAUGGUAAUCUGGUUGCCCAUCGUAUAUAUUCUGUCUGGUUCCUUUGGUCAUCAUUGUACGCCUUUGACAGUCACUUGAACGUUUAUACUUAUCUUCCUACU